UGUUGCUCACACUCGGGAACGGAAGGUUAGUAGGGUGGCAAUCGUGAAGUGUUGCUAAUCUUGCUUUCCCUACACUCCUCACAUAAAAUACCCAUCUCGCUUUGGCCUCUCACCAACCCAAAAAAGAGAGAAGGAAAGAGUUGAAAAAAAAAAAAAUCCCUUUUCUCGAUGGCCCCGGAAGUGCCCUUCGAUUCGUUCACCGGAGCCGGGAAGGUUUGUGCGGUCGAUGGAGGGUAUGCGAGAAAGGGGUACGUAACUUUUUUGGCGGGGAGCGGCGAUUACGUGAAGGGGGUGGUGGGAUUGGCGAAAGGGCUGCGCAAGGUGAAGAGCGCGUACCCGCUAGUGGUGGCGGUGCUGCCCGAUGUGCCGGAGGAGCACCGCGGCAUAUUGCGGUCCCAAGGGUGUGUUGUCCACGAGAUAGAGCCGAUCUAUCCUCCUGAGAACCAUGUCCAGUUUGCCAUGGCUUACUACGUGAUCAACUACUCCAAGCUUCGCAUAUGGAAUUUCUUAGACUACAGCAAGAUGGUGUAUCUGGACGCGGACAUUCAGGUGUACGAGAACAUCGACCAUCUGCUCGACGCGGAAGAUGGCUACUUCUACGCCGUCAUGGACUGCUUCUGCGAGAAGACGUGGAGCCACUCUCCGCAGUACUCGGUCGGGUACUGCCAGCAGUGCCCCGAGAAGGUCGCGUGGCCUGCCGAGAUGGGCUCGCCGCCACCCUUGUACUUCAAUGCCGGCAUGUUCGUGUUCGAGCCGAGCCGCUCGACCUACGAGAGCCUUCUCCACACUCUCAGGAUCACCCCUCCCACGCCCUUUGCGGAGCAGGACUUCUUGAACAUGUUCUUCCAGAAAACUUACAAGCCCAUCCCUCCGGCAUACAACUUGGUUCUGGCCAUGUUAUGGCGCCACCGGGAGAACGUGGGCGAGCUCGAAAAGGUCAAGGUGGUUCACUACUGUGCCGCCGGUUCAAAGCCGUGGAGGUACACGGGCAAGGAAGCUAACAUGGAGAGAGAGGACAUCAAGAUGCUAGUGUCCAAAUGGUGGGAUAUCUACAACGACACAUCGUUGGACUUGAGGGCGGAAGAGGCCGCCGUCCAAGCCGAAGAUCAGAUGGUAUCGAGGUCAUCCAUCAUGGCUUCUAUGCCUGACCCAGCUAUUUCCUUUGUUCCUGCACCCUCCGCCGCUUGAAGUAGAGAGGUCGUCCUUUGAAGAGAGUGUUUGAAAUUAGUUGGUAUUCAAUCUGCCCAAGCCGAAGAACAGACAGUAUCGAGGAUAUAUAUCACGCCUUCCAUGCCUGACCCCGCUAUUUCCUAUGUUCCUGCACCCCCUGCCGCUUGAAGCUAGAGAGGUCUUUUGAAGUGUGUUUAAAUUAGUUGGGAUUCAAAUCUUUUUCCCUCUUUUCCAGCUUUGACCACCCGGUAAUUAGUUUUCUAAGGCAUCUUGGCCUUUCCUUGUUAUCUAAAAAGUUAUGAUGAAUACGUAGUGCUUAUAUAGA